AUGUCCAGGGCACCAUUGCUGUUGACAAAUGCAAUUCCAUCUGAAUUUGCAAAUGCAACUGAGCACCCAGCACCUGACUUUGGGAACCAAACUGUACAGGAAAGAUGGCCAGAAGAUGCUUCGCUUGGGUUGGGGAUACUCUGCACCAUUUAUGUGACGUAUGCCACAAUAAUUGCGGUGGGACUGCUUGGGAAUGUGAUCCUUAUUAAAGUCUUUUUCAAGAUCAAAUCAAUGCAGACCGUCCCAAAUAUCUUCAUCACCAGCCUGGCUUUUGGCGAUUUGCUUCUUCUCUUAACCUGUGUGCCAAUAGACGCUGCUUGCUACAUUGUGGAUACCUGGCUGUUUGGAAGAAUCGGCUGCAAGUUACUGUCAUUUAUCCAGCGAAUGUCUGUAGGAGUGUCUGUAUUCACUUUGACUGUGCUCAGUGCUGACAGGUACAAAGCAAUUGUUAAACCCUUGGAACUGCAAAGGGCUGAUGCUGUGCUGAAGACCUGCUGUAAAGGUGCCUGUGUCUGGAUUGUCUCCAUGUUAUUAGCUGUUCCAGAGGCUGUGUCCUCGGAUCUCUAUGCCUUCCACAUUCCUGAGAAAAAUGCCUCUUUUGAGACCUGUGCUCCUUACCCAGUAUCUGAGAGAAUCCUGCAGGAAGCUCAUUCUUUGGUUUGCUUCUUGAUGUUCUAUAUCAUCCCGCUUGCUAUUAUAUCGAUCUACUAUUUUCUUAUUGCCAAAACGCUGUACAAAAGUACGUGCAACAUGCCAGCAGAAGAACACAGCCAUGCUCGUAAGCAGAUCGAAUCUCGCAAGAGAGUGGCCAAAACUGUUCUGGUCUUAAUUGGCUUGUUCGCCCUCUGCUGGCUCCCUAACCACAUCCUUUACCUGUAUCGUUCAUUCACAUACCAUGCUUCAGUAGAUACAUCCACCUUCCACCUUGUUGCUACAAUAUUCUCACGGGCGUUGGCCUUCAGCAAUUCUUGUGUCAACCCCUUUGCACUCUACUGGCUGAGCAAAAGCUUCCGUCAACAUUUUAAGAAAGAAGUCCUGUGCUGCAAAACCAAGGCCCGUCCACGACGUUCCAGCAUCACCCAAAAUAAUAUUCCUACCAGGGCUAUGUCAGUCACAGGAUCUGAAAUCAGUGUCACUUUGCUAACAGAUUACAGUAUCACCAAAGAAGAGGAGAGUGUUUAA